AUGUUGGGUCUUAGAGCCAGUAGAGCGCAGUACAAGCGAAUGGAGUGGAAUCUACCAUUGAAGAAAGAUAUUUGCUUAACCCAGGCCUUCAGAUCGCACUUCCUGCUUAAAGAGGAUCGGAAGAAGUUGAAGGUUGAGAAAGAAGGAUCAGAUGUGUACGAACAGAAUGAACCCCAGAUAGAGAAAGCGGACCAAGGGGAGAUUCCCCUUUCGAUUGGAGUUCUACGGUGGGAAAGAAACUCCACGAGUCUGCUCGGAACCAGUCGAUUCCUGAGCCAUUCGUUCUCCCCUCUCGGUUGGCCUUUGCCAGCCACUAGAGCAACUAUGUAUAUGGAUGUGCAUAAAGAAGGGACGGGGCAUCUCUAUCCUUUUUUGGGGGAAGAGAGAGGGAAGAAGCUGCAGCGGCACCUCACGAACUUCUUACUGGAGCAGUACUAUAGCCAUUUUCGAGUGUUUGGAUGCACGUCUUUUGUUCAUAUUCCUGCGCAGUUAAGAGAGAAAUUGUCCCCAAGGAAACCACUUGUGUCUUUCUUGGAUAUGCUCAGUCCGGGUAUAGACGCUAUGACGUGA